AGGAGGACCAUAACCUGCAAUUGUCUGUCUGCGAAGUCAGAAACGGAGCAUAUUUCAUACAUAAACUAAAUGUGUUGAAGGAGAACAUUUGAUUACAUACCGCAGUUGAUUAAAGUAGAUUUGUUUGUUUAAUUCAUAUAAUGUUGUGUGCGCAGAACGACUGAUUUUUUUGAGCGAUAAGAAAAAGGUAGAAUUAUUAAUAAAACCUAUAAUUUGCUAUAAUUUGCUUGUUUAUCGUUCAAGCAGAUAGGAAGAGAACACUCCCGCCUGCGUAUACAAAGACGCUGUCAUUGGAUUUGUUCUACUAUCCAGACAGGAGUGCCAUCCCUACUCCCGGUAUUUCAGACAGGCUUACUGACUGUCAAGGUUGUCCACCAGCACCGCACUGCUACCGACUCGACCAGACCUGAAAAUUGGCUUGAUUGUGUGCUCAGGACGCAACGAUGGGGAAGGACGCCGCAAGAGCAGAGUGGGACAAUCCCAUGCAAUUUGUCCUGGCUUGUGUAUCAUACGCGGUUGGACUGGGAAAUGUGUGGCGUUUUCCAUACUUGUGUCAAAUGCAUGGCGGGGGUGGGUUCCUGAUCCCAUAUAUGCUCAUGCUGGUCCUGUUGGGAGUACCCCUGUUCUACAUGGAGUUAGCCAUUGGCCAGAAGAUGCGUCUGGGCAGCAUUGGAGCAUGGAGAGCUAUUAGCCCCUAUCUGGGGGGAGUGGGUCUGGCCAGUGUUGUGACCUCCAUGUACCUAUGCCUCUAUUACAACGUCAUCAAUGCAUGGAGUUUCUGGUACAUCUUUCAUUCAUUCCAGUCGGUCCUGCCAUGGGCAGAGUGCCCGGUUAACAGCAACAAGACCGGCCCUGUGGAGGAGUGUGAGCGGGCCACGCCAACCCAGUACUUCUUCUACAGAGAGACCCUGGACAUCUCCGGGUCCAUCGAGGAGAACGGAGGAAUUCACAUGGGACAGGCGCUCUGCCUCCUGCUGGCCUGGAUUAUUGUCUACCUGUUCAUCGUCAAGGGGGUCAAGUCCACCGGGAAGGUGGUGUACUUCACAGCCACUUUCCCCUACCUGGUCCUCAUCAUCUACCUCAUCCGUGGGGUCACCCUUCAUGGAGCCAUCAAUGGUGUGAAGUACAUGUUCACGCCCAAGAUGGAACAGCUGGCUAAGCCCACUACGUGGAUCAACGCGGCCACUCAGAUCUUCUUCUCUCUGGGCCUGGGCUUUGGAUCCCUCAUCGCCUUUGCCAGCUACAACCAGUACAACAACAACUUUGAGAAGCAGGCCAUCGUUGUGUCCAUGGUCAACAGUAGCACCUCCAUCUUCGCCAGUAUCGUCACCUUCUCCAUCUAUGGCUUUAAGGCCACCUUCAACUACGAGAGCUGCCUAGAGAGGGUGCGACUGCUGCUCCUGAACACCUUUGAUCUAGCAGAGGACACCAUCAGUCUGGAGAAUGUCAACCACUGGAUCGCUGAGCUGAACAGGACACACCCAGAACAGUUUGCCAGUCUGGGAGGUAGGCUGGAGACCUGUGACCUAGAGGCUGAACUAGACACGGCUGUUGAGGGUACAGGCCUGGCCUUCAUAGUGUACAGUGAGGCCAUUAAGAACAUGCCCGUGUCUCAGCUGUGGUCUGUGCUCUACUUCAUCAUGCUGCUGCUGCUGGGCAUGGGCAGUAUGCUGGGCAACGUCAUCGCCGUCAUCACCCCCCUCAGUGACUUGAAGAUCAUCAGCCGCUACAUGAGCACCAAAACACUCAAUGGUCUGGUGUGUCUAUUCUGCCUGCUGCUUGGCCUGGGCUUCACCACCCGCUCUGGGAACUACUGGUUCACCAUGUUCAACGACUAUGGAGCCACCUUCUCUCUGCUCUUCAUCGUGCUCAUCGAAGUUAUCACCGUCUGCUACAUAUAUGGCAUCAAAAGGUUUGAGAAGGAUGUAGAAGACAUGUUAGGUCAUCGUCUUAACUGGUACUGGAAGAUCAUGUUGGCAGGAGUCAGUCCCAUCCUCCUCAUUGCACUAUUCAUCUUCUACAUCGUCAACUAUAUCCAGGGAGGAACGCCCACAUACCAGGCCUGGAACAAAGAACUGGGGAAGUCUGUGGUGACGGAGUAUCCUCCCUACGCCCAAGCCUUCAUCGGCCUCCUCCUAGCCUCCUCUGUCUGCUGUAUCCCUUUGACGGCUCUCUACACCUACUGUAAGAAGAGGAACCUGGCCAGUGGGAAGAGAGAGCGCACUGUCAGCACUGUGUCAGCGUAAAGACUGACGUAUUGGUUGACAGACGGAGUGACACAAGGCAGAGCUGCUACAUUACGGCUCUGAGACUGACUGGACCCGCUAGUUAUAGGAUCGACUGAUCGACAGCCUACCGUACGUAUCAUGGCUGUCUUAACAGAACAGUACCUCACUCUCCUGGUGCAGUGGUUCAUGCCACACCACAAACCAAAGGCCCUGUUUCUCCCCCCGGGGCAGGCUGGCUCUACCGCUGUGCUGCUGGUGGACAGACUGCCAGAUCUGUACCUAGCAUUAGGCCUAGUCGUCCUUUGGCAACUAACACUUACUGGGUGAUAACUUUUGUUUUUUGUAGUUGUGGUUCUGAGCAGGGCUUAGAACUACAUCCAAAAUAUUUCAGAAGUGAAGAACGAACAAACACAGUGAGGGAAAAAAGUAUUUGAUCCCCUGCUGAUUUUGUACGUUUGCCCACUGACAAAGAAAUGAUCAGUCUAUAAUUUUAA